AUGCGGCAGAAAGUUGAGGUUCAUGGAUUUUUUUUACUGGUGUAUUCAUUGGGCUAUCGGAUGACAACUGCUUGUAGUCAAAUAAUCCAACUACUUGCAAUCGAAUAUGUCGAAUCAAUUCGUUCCGUCUACAAUGCCAAUGCCAAUAGCAGUUAUAGUAUCUUGGAUAUGGAAGAUAAUAAAUAUAAUGAGAGUAGUAGUAACACUGGUGGUAUGAUGAGCAUGUUGUUAAGUAAUAGUGGUAGUGGGAGUGCGAGUGGAAUUGGUGGGAUUGGUGGUAGUGAUGUAUUUAAUUUUAUACGUAAUCCACAAACAAUUGAUGUUGUUAGUGGUAAGAAUACAACAUUGGAGUGUGAAGUUAAUCAUUUUAUAAAUAAUGAAGAUGGUUUGAUUACAAUCAAUAAUGGUACAACAUCAAUGAUCGUUACAAUUACAUGGAUGCAAAAUGGUGUUCCAUUGGUAAAUACAACACGUCGUUAUAUGCGGCAAAUGGGUUUUGUUAGUACAUUGUACGUGUUACGUGCUGAUCGUGAAUUGGAUGCUGGUUCGUUUACAUGCACUGCCAAAUAUUCCAAUAUUAAUACAACAAUUAGCAGUUUGGAUGCACAGAUUAAUGUAUUAUGGAUUGGUGAAGCAACAGUUCAAUUACAAACACCAGAGUCUGCAUCUUACAUUAAACCUAAUGAGGAAGUUGUUUUAAGAUGUCAUCUUGAUGGCACCGGAGAUAUCAAAGUAAAAUGGUUCCGGAAUAUGGAACCAGUUUACGAAAGCCAACAUAUUACAAUCAAAAAACGUCGUUUACAUAUUAAACAAGCAACACCCGUCCAUAAUGGAAUCUAUAAGUGUCAAGCAGAAAAUGAGGCUGGUUCUGUAAUGAGUAUUUCUAAUUUUGCAUUAGCAAUUCCUGGCGACCAUACAGCAAUAAUUGAAAUUAUACCGAAGGAUCAAUUAGUUAAAGAAGGAGAAUCAGCUCAUUUUGAUUGCGUUUACAAGAAUUCAGAUAUUUUGCAAUGGUAUUACAAGAAAGAUGGUCCACUUGAAAAUACUUCAAAAAUAUCUGUGCUAUCAAAUGGAAGUUUAAUUGUUAAGGAUGUUAAUAAAUUCGAUGAAGGUGUAUAUUCGUGUAUUGGAAUGCGAGGCGAUUCAACAGAAGUUCCCCAAACUUAUACAGCUGUGUUGAAAUUAGCAUAUCUAAAUGAUUUAACACCAAAGUCAUUUGAACCGGCCUUACCAAAACAUCAAAUGGGUAUAAUUGCAGAAGGUGGGGAUUUUCAAUUAACUUGUUUACCACCAAAUGGAUUACCCACACCAAGAACUUGGUGGAGAAGUCCACAUAAUCAUACUAUAUCCGAUAGUGGAACCGUUCGAGUAGAUGGUACCAGAUUAAUCAUAACAAAUGCAAAGUAUAAUCACGAUUCGGGCAACUAUACUUGUGUUGCUGAGAAUAAAGCUGGAAUUACUGAAUUGUCAUUUCUGCUUGUUGUUACGAAACCUCCCAUAAUUAUUGAACAUCCCAGAAGUGUGGAAUUAAAUGAAGGCGAACCAGUCGAGUUUAACUGUGAUUAUGAGGGUACAAACACCCCAAAUGGUGUAACGAUUACUCGUUGGAGGAAAAAUGGCAAAGUGGUUCUCGAUGAUACUCAAAAUGGAUAUCGAGUGAGAACUUUUCCAUAUAAUGGAACACUGCUCAUUAAUUCUGUUGUGGGCACAGAUCAAGGACAAUAUAAAUGUGAAGUUCGUACUGAAGCACAAGCAUCUGUUUUUAGUAAUGCCGCAACUUUAUCUGUUAUUGAAAAACUAAAAUUUUCACCACCACCAGUGAAUAAAAAAUUAGAAUUGGGAUCGGUUGGUAAAAUACAUUGUAAGGCUCAAGGUGGUACGUCGGGAUCACCAACUGUUCGAUGGAUAAAAAUUAAACAUGCAAAUAAUUUGAAAGAUAUUAAAAUUGAUAGUGCUGAUAGUUUGCCAAGUCACGUGGACGAUGUCAAUGGUACGCUAUUAUUUAAUAGCGUUCAAAGUGAAGAUGCUGGAAUGUACACUUGUAUUGCUAAAGAUGGCGAUGAACUUAUUAAUGCUACGAUUAAAGUCGAAGUUGUGGUUGCUCCAAAAUUCAGCGUAGAACCAAAAAAUCCUACAGAAGCAGUUGAAGGUGCUGCAAUUAUGAUCCAUUGUGUUGUUGAAGGUGAUCCGAAGCCUACAAUCCAAUGGGAUAAGAAUUUACGCAUGAAUGAUUUCGAUCAUAAUAGAUUCGAAGUUAUGGAAAAUGGCUCGCUUUAUAUUAAAGAAGUUCGAAUUGAAGAUGAAAAUAAUUAUGGAUGUACCGCCGGUAAUAGUGCGGGAUUGAAUCGAAAAGAAACGAAACUAUUCGUAAAACCCGGUGACGAAUACCGUGCCGAUGGUAGCUCCGAAAAUGACGGUGCUAUGAUUACAAAAGCAGUCUUAAUUACAACAAGCGUAGCAGCCGCUUACAUGAUUCUAGUUGUUGGUCUAAUGCUAUGGUGUCGUUUUCGAAGGCGUUCUAGAAAAUUACCGUUGGAUAUUGAAGACGCUAAAAAUGAAACUGACGAAACAAAAGAUCAAACUGAUGACAAAGCUAUUAUUGAGACUACAACAUGUGGCCCAUCCGAAAGUACAGCCACGAAGAAGGUUUCACACUCGAAUGGUGAUGCGCAUAAAAGUGAUAGCGCCGAUACAGCAUAUUCACAAAGUUCGAAUCAUAGUAAACGAUCAAAGUCGAACUAUGAUAAGUUACAAAUAUCUCGAGAGUGUUUGAAGGAUAUUGUUCAUAUCGGGCGUGGUGAAUUUGGAGACAUCAUGAUUGCAAAACUGACAGCCAGUAAACGGGCUUCAGUAUCAGAAGAUUCUAGUGAACCACAAUCUGUUAUGGUAAAAUCGUUAAUUGAAUCAAAAGACGAUAAUACUUUAGCGGAAUUUAAACGUCAAAUUGAUUUAUUCAAUAAGAAAACACAUGAAAAUGUUGCACGAUUAAUUGGUUUAUCGCGUGAAAUUGAACCACAUUACAUGAUUCUGGAAUACACAGAUUGGGGUGAUCUUAAACGAUUUUUGGUUGCGACAAAGAAAGAUAAUUCCGAAAAGAAUAAUCCAACUCCACCACCAUUAUCCGUUGUACAGAUUGUCUCAAUUGCAUUGCAGCUUGCACGUGGAGCUGAACAUAUAGCCGAUCAACGUCUAGUACACAAAGAUAUCGCAGCACGUAAUUGUUUAAUCACCAGCCAAUUAACAGCCAAAAUAUCGUUAGCUGCACUAACAAAAGAUAUUUAUAGAGAGGAAUAUUGUAAGCACAUAAACCAAGUGAUACCGUUACGAUGGAUGCCACAUGAAGCUGUCUACGAAGAUGAUUACUCAACGAAGAGUGAUGUAUGGUCGUGGGGUUGCUUAGUGUGGGAAUUGUUCCACCAGGGUGAUUUACCAUUUAGUGAUUUAAGUGAUACAACAGUAUUAACCCAUUUAAAAGAUCAUACGUUAAAAUGGAAGCCACAUAAAGCUACUCCGCCAGAUCUUGUGGAAUUACAGGAAAGUUGUUGGUUUGAGAAUCCAAACGAACGGCCAACAUUUACCACAGUUGUCCAAAAAAUGACUGAUAUUGUCAGUAAGUUAUAA